AUGUCCGAUUCUGAAUUUGCGAUUCCUGAAGAAAUUAAUUCUACUACUUUUGAGCGUUACCAGACACUUCUUUACAGAUCAUUACUCAACAUUAGCGCAAAACGUAAUAAUGAUUUACCCUCUAAAGAAGUUCCAUUCUAUCGAAUGAUUGAUCCAACAGCAGCACAAAGAAUGGACCAACUUUCAGGAAGAAUUUUACCAAGGAUAAAUCAAAUGAUCUCUACCGUUGAUUUAUCUGGUUCUGAAGGUUUUUGUGAGAUUACCGAGGCCGAGGAUGUCGAUUCUUGGAGUAAAGAUUUUGUUUCUUUGGUUGAUUCCCUGAUUGACGGAGUCAAUGUUUCAUUGGAUGAAUUCAGUGGUCGAACCAAAAAAAUAUCGGCUACGAUAAAUAAAUCCAAGCCAGUUGUUGCGGAGAUAUCAAAUCACGAACGUUUGAAUAAAUCUUGCACCAUUAGUCGCCCUCAAUUGAAUUUUAAAGAAAAGGUUGACAAUACUUCCGCACCUUUUAUUCCAAAACUUGUUGAGAAACCAAAUGCCAUAAUCCCAUUAGAUGUUAAUGAAUUGCCGUAUAAACAUCCUUACGAGCAUGAGAUAAAAAAUCUUUCUCAAACUUAUCCACCUUAUAUGUUCGAGGAUAGGGAACCAAUACUAUAUAAACGCAUCGUGAGCUCACCUCACAUCUGGGUAGACACGUUGGAAGAAUUAACGGCAAUGUGCGAAAAGUUGGAGGAUGCUAAUGAGAUUGCAGUAGAUUUAGAGCACCAUCACUAUCGUUCAUAUCAAGGGUUUACUUGUUUGAUACAGAUAAGUACAAGAAAGGAAGACUUUAUCAUUGAUGCUUUAGCUUUAAGAGAUUCUUUACAAAUGUUGAACCAUACCUUUACCAAUCCGAACAUCGUGAAGGUAUUUCAUGGUGCGGAUUCCGAUAUUGUUUGGCUACAAAAAGAUUUUAGCGUUUAUGUUGUCAACUUGUUUGAUACAUUUCGAGCUGCUUCCGUAAUGGAUUUCCCACAAAAAUCGUUGGCAUUUUUAUUGAAUCAUUACUGUGAUUAUGAAGCGGAUAAGAAAUAUCAAUUAGAAGAUUGGAGAAUAAGACCUAUCCCAGAGGAAAUGUUAAAUUAUGCUCGUGCGGAUACACAUUAUUUAUUGUAUAUUUAUGACAGAAUGCGAAACGAGUUAAUAACAAGGUCCGAUCAAACGACUUUGAAUCGUUUAUGGGUUGUACUUAAUCGAUCCGCGGAAACUUCGCUAAAGAGGUAUAAAAAAGUGGUAUAUAAUGAGGAUGGAGAUGAAAUCGGUGGUUACAAGAAGCUUCAGGCAAAAUGGAAUAAAUCAUUCGAUUAUCAACAAAUGGCAGUAUUUAAGGUUCUUCAUGCUUGGCGAGACCGAAUUGCAAGAGAGGAAGAUGAGAGCACCGCUUAUGUGUUACCGAAUGAGAUGCUUAUGGCGUUGUCCGAAAAAAUGCCUGAUGACCCUAAAGAAAUUUCCGCUUGUUUUAAAAUGGGUGUCCCUUCAAUCGUUAGGAUGAAUAUUCUUGAACUGGCGAGGUUAAUUAAAGAUUCGAGAAAUAAUCUACCUGUACCGAUGGAAGUGGAAAGGGAUUAUUCUCUAUUAGAAACUCCAUUUGUUAAAGAUGUUUCUAAAUACAAAUCAAAUUCUUCGAUGUUAUUUAGAGAUUAUCUCGAUGAGCCCGUGGUACAAGAUGAAAAUCUGAAGAAGCUAGCUCUCGACAUAACUUCAUCCCUCUCGUUUUCAUUGCCGGUUCCCAAGUUUAUCGAUUAUUUGAAUAAUUCAACCUCGAAUUCAUCACAAUCGAACGAUCCCCAACCUACUAAUGAAAUAUUGUUUACUCACGCGACACAAAGAACCACCAAGACUGAGCUAGUUAGCAGUAGUUCUAAAGGAAAGGAACGCGAAAUAGUAAACGUUGCUAAUGAUUCAAAGAAACGUCAGUUGCCUGAGUCGCUCGAGGAGGACGUGGAGGAUAUAAAGCCCACAAUUUUGGAACCCAUAACUGUUGGCGUCGAUCCUCGUAAGGAUGACAUCAUUGAGCGAAAUAUAAUGAACCCCGACGAUGAAAGGGCGAGACAUGAAAGUAGUCCUUCUAGUUCUUCUAUUAAUGCAAAUGCAGACGUUGCUCCAAAUAACGGCAACACAAAAAGAGUAAGGAGAAGAAAUAAUAAACGAGCCAAGUUGGUGAAAGAUUUUGGCUAUACUCAAGUAACUGGAACGAAUGGAGUGGAAUUAGGUAGUAGAAGGAAAAUGUCUACGACAGUGGAUCAUACAGAAUUACCGUCAGUUGUGACAUCUGGAAUUUCGAACAGUUCUUCAACAUCGAUUUCAGUCGAGACUUCGUCUAGAAAUACAAUGAGAACGGUUGAAACAACUAGACAAAGCACAACUUCCGUUCAAACUCCAUUUGAUCCCUAUUCCCAAACAGUUAUCGAUGAAAGGUUAAGAAGAUCAGAUCCUCGACUUCCCACAGCUCCAUCUUCAGGAAAUAGAAGUAUGACGAUGGACAAAUCAUCAAACUUUCAAAGAGAUGAUAAUGAUCCGAACGAUCAGGAUAAGAAAUGCACGAUUAUGUAG